AUGACUCCCCCUCUGGAACCUUCAUCACCUAUGGACGGCGGCAUUCGCAAGCGAGUAUGCAAAGCUUGCGAUCGCUGCCGUUUAAAGAAGUCAAAGUGCGACGGUGCCAGUCCCUGUAGUCGAUGCAAAGCAGACAAUGCCAUCUGUGUCUUCGGAGAGCGCAAGAAGUCCCAUGACAAGGUCUACCCCAAAGGAUAUGUAGAAAUGCUCGAAAGCCAGCAAGCACAACUUGUAGCCGGCCUACAAGAGUUGUACAAGCGAAUGCAAAACGGCCAAGGCUGGACCGGCGCACCUCUGAAGGAAUCGGCGAACGGUGUUCCAUUGACCCACGACAUUCUGGAGAGACUGGGUGCCCUAAAGCAAGACGGUCACUCAAGCGACGUCUUUGAGGAGGACCUCACGGUUCUGCAACAGAAGCUGAUCGCCGACGGAGCUGGCUUCAUGCAACGACAGCCCUCUGCACGACUCGCAUUCAGACUCGAGCGCUCCCUCUCCCAUCUACGAGCCAGUUGCCCAACGGCCGAAUUUCACCAAUCCUUUCAACCUGAACCAGUUCCCUCCGACACCACCCAACCAAAGCCCGUUCCCCCAGAACGCACGCGUCAUCCCGACCAAAGCCCAUUCCUAUCCUCACACUCAGUCGAACCUUAG